UGCUGUCAUACAAUGGUUGCCAAUGGGUUGCUCUUACCGCGCAUCGUCAGGCCUCGUCACAUGCGCGAGACGACGCGGAGUCAACAGACCGAGUCGACGUCCUACUGCUGCUUCAGAGGGCUCAGCUCGAACAAGGUCGUGGAGUUGAAGCCGGGAGCGUUGGGGGCGCCACCGAAGCAGUACGAACGGCUGCGCGAAGAAGAUCAUCACCGCGCGCUGCCCGGCAUUCCGCAGUGCGAGACCGUGCUCGCACCUAUAGACCUAGAGGCACAGCUACCUGACGCGCCGACUCGCUGGCGACGAGCGUCGUCAACGCGACGUCGACGCAGCAGCUGACGACGACGAGAAGCGCCCUCUACGGGACAGAUUGCGGCCGAGAUCGCCAAGCGCGACGUGCUGCACUGUCGAUCAACCGUUGUUUGGCACGUACUACUACGCGGCCACAGGCUC